AUGUUUGCUGAUAAUGUUGCAAAAGUUUCAUUAGAUUUAUACAACAGUUUAAAGAAAACCGGUAAGCCAACCAUAAGUGAAUGGACUGUCAUAGCCGCAAUUUUAGUAGAAAGCAAUAAUAAGUUGGAAGUAGUUGCAAUGGGCACAGGAACAAAAUGUAUUGGUAAAUCACAAAUGUCGCCGGAUGGAGUUAUACUUAACGAUUCACACGCGGAAGUUGUGUGUCGUCGUGCAUUUAUUAGAUUUUUAUAUCACGAAAUGUUAAAAGAACAGAGUGAUAUUUUAGAGAGAGAAAACGGUAAAUUGUUCCAACUUGCAAAGGGUUUAAAAUUCCAUAUGUAUUCAAGUUUAAUGCCAUGUGGCGAUGCUUCGAUUUUUCCUAAAAACGACUAUAAACAAGAUAUAUCUGAUUAUGGAAUGGUCGUAGAGUCAACACCUAACAAUCUUUCCACUGUCAAAAACACAGAUAAUGGCGAAAAUGCAGCCAAGAGAAUAAAAUUAGAUAUUCACCGAACAGGUGCAAAAUGUCUACCACAUGAUGACAAAGUGGAUGAAAGACAAUCUGGAAGUGCAUAUCACGUACUAGGUGCAGUGAGAACCAAACCAGGACGCGGAGAUCCAACUCUAUCAGCCUCCUGCAGUGAUAAACUAGCCAAGUGGAUCCACAUGGGAGUUCAAGGCAGUUUCUUGAGUUUACUUUUGAAGGAACCCAUUUAUUUGUCGAGUAUUACAAUCGGCCACGAAAAUUUCUCUAAAGAAUCAUUUGAAAGAGCAUUAUACAAACGAUUUGAUGAUAAUCAAGGCAAAUGUGAAACUGAGAAAAAGUAUACACUGCAUAUUCCAGAUUUAUUUCUAUCUACACUGCGGAACUUUGACGCACAAAAAUGUGAAACUAAACAACCGGCUCCCGCCAGUAUAAUAUACAUCAAGAAUAGUAAACCGGAAGUGGCAGUGGAUGGUUUUAAACAAGGUGUCACAAAGAAAAAUCGGUUUACGUCGAGUGGUAGACUGCAAAUUUGCAAGUUGGAACUGUUGAAAUGUUUUUUUAAAGUUGCAAGCAAAUUGAAUUUAAAUAUUGAUUCUAAACUAUCCUAUAGUGCCUUAAAACAUUCCACGGAAUAUUCGAAAUCAUGGAGGGAAUUACAAAAAGGUAAAUUCAAAGUGUGGCCACAAAAACUGUCGACGUUUGAAAAUUUUGUAACUGUCGAAUAAAGUUUAUUUUAUUAUUACAA